AUGGGUGUUGAACAGUCCAUUCAUGUACGUCAGGGAGGGGUGAACUCACUUUUUGAGCGCGCACUUCUUGAUGCUCUGCGUGAAGCAGCCGAGGAAUCACAAGUACCCUCUGAACAGUUUGAGCAUGCUUGGGAUCCAGAGGACUGCUCCCCAAAGUUCAGAGUGUUGCGUGACAGGCUGACAGCUAGACGACUGCCCUCUCCUCUCACUACAGAUGCCAUAAGAGGUAUGUUUACUAUUCAAGAAAUUCCUCUUCCUCAAAAGCAAUUCAGAACCAAGAGAUGUGCAACAAUUCUAGUUUACGCCAAGCCUGAUCCUCGUUGAGAAAACUCGUCUUCCUUGUUCAAUUUGCGGAUUUUUUUUUUCGAGCUUGUCUAAAGACGUUCUGAAAACGUUAACGCACCAUUUUGAAUACUCAAGACUAGGUGAUAUAUUUUGGACCAAGAGAAGAGUUUCUUUCCGUACUUUGCAUCCCCCUUGGACGAAGAGUUUUUCGGUGCCACAUUGUAGCCCCCCAAAAUAUAAUAAUACAAUGAAUAGAUGAAUAAUAAAAUAACUAAAUAAAAUAACUAAAUGAAUAAAUCAUUCAGCCUUUCUUUCUUAUACUUAUUUGUCGGCCGACCUACGUUGUAGGUGUAGAAUAUUGAUUAUUGCUUUUAUUAUUAGCCUUGAUUUAUCUUUCUUUUUUCGUUAAACCAGGGAAGAAAGGUUACAGACAAGGCCGACAUGUGUGGGAAAUAACGUGGGAAGAAGACGAACGGGGAUCGAAUGCAGUCAUUGGAAUAGCUACGCCUCAGGCACCUCUUCAGUGCCUCGGUUACAUCCCCUUAGUAGGGUCGAACACACAAUCAUGGGGAUGGAAUUUAAGUAAGAAAGUGUCCUUUCACAAUGGGCAGGAGAAGUCUUAUCCAGCGAAUUUUCCAAGUUUUGUAGUACCAGAUACGGUAUAUGUUAUUCUUGACAUGGAAAAUGCCACGCUGAGGUAAUCCAGUCAAUAUAUUUUAGCGUUUUACUGAAAUAUCUCUUUUCUUGCUAGUAUGUUCUCGCCAGCGGGAAAGUGAUAUUCCUCUUUCUCGCGCACGCUUGUUCUCCUUGUUCUUUCUAUUCGGCAGAUUUAGCAACUUGAAGACAACGUGACGACAGAGAUGACCGCGGGAGCAAAAAAAAAAAAAAACGAAUUCACCAAUGAGAGCUGGAGCGGUAAAUUUCGAGUACGGAAAGUCGCUUUCAUGCCUUUCAGCUUGCUCUCAUGCUCUCUGUUCAUGUUAUCUUUGCUAAACUUGCCUAAAGUAUGAUGAAAACUCCCGUCAUUUGACGACCGUUUGACGGUAAUUUCUACAUUUAACUAUUUUUCGCGGUUUUGCCCGGUCGACUGUAUAAGGCACACACCAUGCGUUCAUUAUUAUUUUCGAGUGAAGACACACAGGUUGUUAUUAUACUGUUUAUUAUGGCUUUGCACCUUGCCUUUCCCGCUCUCCCCUCCAUGGCUCCUCUUUCAGAUGAUUUGUUUUUAUUUUUGUCUUCCCCCCUCAUUCAACCCAACUCCAUCUCGGGUGUGUAUCUUUCAUCCAGAAGAGGCUGCCAGUUUUUCCCAACCUUAUAUCAUGUAUAUGGGCUGGAUCGCUGUAAAUAGACUACUCUCUGAGAGUGAUAUCUUUGGUUGAAAUUUCAUGAUUUACAUUGCAUUGCGGUUAGAUCGAUGGACUUGCAACCAGGGAGGACUCGAGUUCAACUCCCGCCCUUGCCUCAAGCUGGAUUUUGUUUCUCGGUAUUUCCGACUUGAAAUCCUUGCCCGCCCUUGCAAAAUAGUCGGGAUUCUUCCCCUGUUAAUGUGUAAUUGAAUGCCUUUUAAUUAUUCUUGAAACGUCCCUUAAGUGGAGAGGACACAGAGACUUAACAUCUUUCGAGAAAACUGGGCUAGGUUGUUACUGACUCAAAAUUUUGAAUAAGAUGUCGUUUCACCCCAUGAGUCCACGUGUAAGUACACCUGCUAGUUGACCAAGAUUAGAAGGACAUCAUUACUGCAGUUUCGCAUUCUGAAACUGAUGUUGUAUUAUUCUUUGCAUUCUAAGCUUUGCUACAGAGGAAACACACCUGGGAGUUGCCUUCAGUAAUUUACCCCGUAACGCUCUGAUACCUCUUUGCCCAUGCGCAAGUGCUGUGUACGGCAACUGUGACAUCAAAAUGAAGUAUCUUGGACGCGGAGGUGGGUUAGUUGUUGAAAAAAGUAAAUGUAAAUUAAAUCUAUAACUUGUGACCACUCUCAUGAGCUGCAAGAUCGUUGUCGUUUCAUUGCCACAGAAUGCUUUAAAAGAUCUUUAAAAAUUUUUGAAAAUUUUAAACAUUGAAAACUCAAGAAAUGUUAAAAAACGAAUGUGAAUAAAUUAGUAAAAAGGAGAAUCCAGUUUGCAACGGUAUUAAAAAACUACGAAUUUUUUUAAGGAUCAGAAUAACUUUUAACUUUAAAAUUAUCCAUUGUAUAUUUCGAGCCGACCGUGUUAUUAUACAGUGUAGUCUUCAUGAAGCUGAAGGAGGUGGUUGGUUCUAGAGCAUUUUAUGGACGAAUAGAGGAAUGUUGUUUUAAUUGCUUCAGUUCUGGGUUUUGGUAAGCGGUAUAAAUAAUGUUUUUGUUCUUGUACCAACUCACUUCAGUUUGAGGACAAGUAUUCUACCCUCAUUAGCGAGAGUCUGUAGUAGCGGGAUUUUAUUUCAGUCAAACUUCUGUAAUUUGUUUUUGCCGGAGACUUAUAUUUAGCUGCUGUCCGUAUUAUCGGGGUAUCCGUUAUAGCACGGUGCCCGCAAGACGAGAGUUGACUGUAUCAGGAGACUUCGUAAAAACUAUGCCAAAUAUCCCAAAUACAAGGUAAGACGAACGCUGUAUCUACAGUAUGACGGAUAGCUUUUCAUGUCAACAUAAUCCGGCCUGGUAUGAACACAACGGUCUAGAACUGAAACACAGUCAUCGAACAUCGUACCGGAGGGAGCGGUACUAAGUAGCUAUAGUGCACCAAAUCCUAAUCCUCAAACCUAGAUAUUUACUAACGCUUUUUUUCGGUUCCAUUCGUCGCUCCGAAUCAUUGCUACGGUUCCAAUACCAGAUCACACUGCCACAAAAAGUAGCAGAAAACCGUCCAAUAUGUGGCAAUCCACUUUCACGAUCUGCGCAGCGCAGCUUCUCUCUUUUGCAAAAACGGUUGUUAUAUGGUUUUGUACUGGUGCAAGCGCUAUUCGGUAGAGUGUAGACAAUAGCUCGACCCAAGUCAAAUUUAGAAGGAUUCAUGUGGAGUUAUCAGAACAUAACUGGGCUAAUAUCUCAGAGACAGUUGCCCCGAAAUGCUUAUUUUUGACAAGGGGGCCUCUUGGACGUUGUUCUUCCAGAAUAUCCUGACAAAUCCCAAAAUUUCAGAAAUUUAAUUUUCAUGACGUCAUCACUUUAGAACUCUAUUGGUCAUCCAGACUUUAUCUCAACCUUUACACUGUCUUGAUUUAUUUAAAAAAUUCUUUUACGGUUCUUGACGACCACAGCUUUUGUGUUGUCGAGGCUACUCGUCUCCCUGAUCGUUUCGCAACCUGUAAGUCACCCCUUAAAUACCUACCAAGUACUGUUAUCAACGGGGUCCUGCUGGCUAAAAAAUUAAAAAUCUAAUAAAUAAGAAUUAAAAAAAUGUAUAUACAAAAAGAAAACGUGCACUAGGUUAAAACCGUUUAAGACUACAAUAAAAGUUACAAGUAAAAGCUAUCAUCAACAUCAUCAUCAUCAUCAUCAUCAUUACUUUUCACUUUUUAUGUUUUCAAAGACAAUUUGCUAGCUAAGAUGGAAGCCUCUAAAAAGAAGUCAACCUCCUCAGCUUAUUCCACCACAGUGAGACCUCCGCCAAAAUCACCCAGUUCUACAUCACCUCCCCAGUCUCCGCGCACCUCAUCCCCUGGCCAGGUCGCAACAAACUCUGCUGACCCUGUGAAAUCCUCGGAGUCAUACAAGUUUAGCCACACCUGUGGAGCCAAUAUUGCUGUGAUGUGUGCUGGAAAGAAGGCAAAAAGAAUCGAGUAAGAAAUGAACCUCUUGAUGAAAAGUUAACUGCAAAACUGUUUUCACUGAUCAUGAUGCUUUUGCUUUUGCUUCUUUGAUUAGGCCAUUGGUUUAUCAAUUUAACCUAUGUAGGUUUUAGUAUCAGUAAUUUUCGAAAGGAUUCUCAUCUAUCAGUUUUAUUUUAAUGGCGCUAUAAGGACAAUAACCUACUGCCCAAGUCGAAAACUUUUUCCCACUUAUUUAAGUAUUGAAAAAAAAACAAAUUUUUUCCUCCUUAAAAGUUUUAUAUGAAUGCAAUGAAUUUGUCCAAAAGUGACUGCAGAUGUUUCUGAGGGCUUAACUGAGGGCCCCCAAUACUAGGUUUUUCGGGAUACGAUUUACCUUUAAUUAUUUGAGACUCGGGACUCGGGAUUUUAAAUGCGCAUUAGAUCAUAUAUUUGAAUGCUAUUUUGCGCCUAUCAUAAAUAAUAAAUUAUUUAUUAUUAUUAUUAUUAUUAUUAUUAUUAUUAUCGGGGCGAGAUUCGGAAUUGAAAGUAAGCACGGGAGGUGGGAUGCCAAAAGGAACUCUCGGGAUGAUUUCGGGGUCGGGAAAACGGGAUUGAAGAACCCUAUUUGGGAUCCUCUUAACUGUCGACUAUGUGGGACAUAUUUCUCCCCUCCUUAAGGCGUCUUUUUUGCUUGUGCAUGGCUAAAACUGUUUUAAAAUGCUGUUUGUUUUGAUAAACAGUGCUCUUCAGUGUUUCAAUCAAGGAGUUGUAGUGACAAGCCAGCCUCUGCAGGAUGAUGAAUUGUUUGAGGUUCGUUUGGACAGUAAAGUGCCCAAGUGGUUUGGAUCCCUGGACAUUGGUGCCACAACUGUUCCUGCUGAUCAGUUGCAGUUCCCUUCAACAAUAACUUCCUGCUCACAAGGAACGACUUUUGCACUCACUUCUGAUAAAAUCGUCAAUAAUGGCAAAGAAAUGACCACGGUAUCUAAGAACUUGGACAAUUUGUCGGUAAGUCCUUUUAAGGGUAGCUCUAUUGAUAUCAUCUGGCCAGAAAACACUGGCAAACGAAUAAUAUUCAGUGUAUUCUCGUGGGUCAGGUGAGUAGUUAAAGUAAUAUAUUUUAAGGCUGUAAGAAGACAGAACCUGGUAAAACUUGUAAUGUUGUUACAUGUACCCUUCUAAAAACUAAAAUUGUGCUGCAAUAGUCUUAUCAUAGACUUGUGCUUUCACACUAUAUUGAAUCUGUGGCUUCCUCCGAUGAAUUUGUUAUCAGCUUGUAUCUUAUCUUGGGCGUGAAGGGUUUAGUGAUUAAAAAUCGAAAGAGAGCCGAGAAGGUCUCUUAUGUUGUCAACUAGCCUGUGUCCUCCUGAAUUUGGGUUCAUAUAAACCUUCAUUCCUCGGUUUUUUUAGCUCUGCAUUGCUAUUUUGCCAACUAAACCCACAUUCCACUAUUUCCUGAGGGAAUAAAGGCCAAGAUGCUAUGACUCGCCUGUCCCCACCCCCUGUAAGGGAGUCCAAGAUAGUCUUGGAUUCUGGAUACCACGCUGUGGAUUCUGGAUCAGUCCAGGUACUGGAUUUCAUCAAACAAUGUCAGGUGAACUUAAAUUCUGGAAUCUGGAUUCCUUGAGCUGCAUGCUGCAUCCCGGAUUCCAAAGCCAAGGAUUCCGGAUUUCAGAAGCAAAAAUUUCCCGGAUUCCCGGAAUCCAGAUUCCCUUACAUGAGUCAGUAUUGUCCUUUUUGAUGUAAAUUGGAUGUAAUGAUGCAGCUCUUUCCUUGUGUUGAUUUGAAAGUUUGUUUUCAUUAACAGGUAGGUGACCGCGUGGGGGUUAUGAGAAAGUCGGACGACACCUUACAUUUUUUCAUUAACGGAGUGGAUGUUGGAAAGCGCAUAAAAACCAUCCCUCCUGUACUUUACGGAGUAGUAGAUGUGUUUGGCCAGACAGAGGAAGUAACUAUAACUGGUAUGCAAAUGCCCUGUCACUGUUAAUAACCAAUGGUGGAUCUAGGAUAGAAAAAGGGUCGGUGGGGUCUGGAUCCCGGUCUGAGUAUUAUUUAAAGUGCUUGAUAAACUAAGUACAUUAAAAUAAAAACUAAAAUAAUUACCCCCCGAAGAGUGUCUUCCUGUAAACCUUCAUAGCGUUACUUAAUAAUAACACUUGAGUUUUACUUUUCCUAUCAGCCAUUGAGCUUGAUGUCCAGAUUUCGUUAAAAUUCGUUUAUAGUGCUAGAAUACCAUCAAUGAAUUUUAAGUAGUAGGAGUAGAGUAUCAAGCGUACUCAGGCUGCGCAUGAAAGCAGACGUUUACGUUGUAAAAACUAAUAUGUAAAGGCGUCGAGGGAUAAAUUGUCGGGUUUAAUUAAUAGUGUGGUCAAGUUGGAUCCCCAAGGUACAAAAAUUCCUGGAUCGCCAUGCUUACGCAUCUUAGUGAGCUGCCGCUCAUUUUCACCUUGCAUUGGUGGCCUGUAGUAUUUCUUUUUUUGUCACCGCUGCCACAAAAUUUUCAUGUUGUUCUUCCAACAAAAAAAUGUCUCCUCUGUUUUUCUCUCUCGCUCUAAGUCCCCGUCAACCUUUUUCUCGUUGAGCUUCGCUGGCCUGCCGCCCACUUUUUUUCUUUCUCUUGCUUUAUAUUCCAAAUUUGUGGACAUGACAAUUUAUGUAAGCUUAAUACUUUAGACAACACGUAUACAGAAACAAUUUCCGCUUUCCAUUUUCGUCUUUAUUGACUCUUUUGUUGUCUCUGCUUUACAAGACGCCGGUGGCUAUGCUAUCUCCCGCCAAAACAACCUCGAUUUGCAUUUGGGUUACCAUACAUGUUGAUUGAGUUAUUUUGCAUUGGUAUGCCUGUGGUGAGGACGGACGGUCUCUCGGUGUACGGUCACGUGAUUACCAAAUUUUCUCGGAUGGGUAGAUUACUUCAUUUUCUUACCCAUGGUGCUCCGCUGGCGCGCUUCGCGGGCGAGAGCUCCGCUAUAAGGUUCGGAAAAACGGGCAACAAAAAACGUGCAACUUGUCUUGCAACAUUUCUGUUAAACGAAUUGAAAAGUAAUGUUGGGCGUUUUACCACUCACGUUCAGACCUGUUAACAACCUGAUUUUUUGUAACACUGGUUUGAUGUGGGUGGUAAAACGCAACAUCACUAUUCAACUCCUUUUGCAGCAAUGUUGCAAGACAAGUUGUACGUUUUUUGUUGCCCGUUUUUCCGUGACCUUUAACACAGCUCUUUAUCUUUUAGGUGGUACAGCGGAAACACAAACAAGCAACCAAGACCAAGUAGAUGCUGUUUCAGUGAUGGUUCGAAUGAACAACACCGUAAACAUCUUAAAAGAAGGGUCAUACGAAGAUAUUGUGGCUGUAGUGGAAAAAGUGGCGAAGGACAUUUUACAACCCUAUGAAGAAACAGAUGAUCGGGAACUCCGACAAAAGUACGGAGAUCAUUUGGCUGAGAUUGAUGCUCCAUUGCAUCUGACGAAACUUCUACAACGCUUAAUGGACAUGGGUAUGGAGACCAAGAAUGGCUGGCUUGGGAUGUUGGUGGUUCGUAGCGUAUUCUGGAACUACUCAGAUGCCAGUUUAAGAAUGGCUAGAGGACUUGGUCGAAGUGGCUUGUUAAAGAUUGUAUUAAAUGAUCUGGACACUUAUGGUGCCAGGAGUUUUAAAAAUGAGGCGAGUCCAGAAUUUGUCAUGUUUCCAAAUGAGAGCAUUAAGCUUUUCAUUGAAAAGGUUUUUUUCCUGUCACAAAGGACACUUUUGAAAAUGGGCAACGUCAUAUAGAUUGCGUUUCGAAAAUUGUGCCUACAAACAAUCGAACUCUACCUUCAACGUUUACUUUCCGUUAAAACUAUGAUUUCAAAAGUGAUUCCCAAAGUAUGAUUUCUAAAUUCAAGUUCGGGCCUUUGCUCGUAAGGUUAUGAACGGAGUCGAAUUUAGAAGGAUUUGUGUGGAGUCAUCAGAACAUAACGCGGCUAAUAUCUCAGAGAAAGUUUGUUCCAAAAUGCUAGUUUUUGGCAAGAACGCUUUUUUGAUGUUGUUCUUUCAUAAUAGCCCUACAAAUCCCAUAAUUUCACAAAUUUAGUUUUUAUGACGUCAUACUUAAGGAUAGGCUUGAUUUCCGCCGCUAUCUUGCGUCAUCGAGUCUAACCGGUAAAGCGGCUUUUAUGAGAUGUAAAAAAUGUUUGCAGGAAGUUAAUCGGUAAGAAAUAAGUAAAAAGGGAAGGAUAAGCAAAUUCCAUUUUUCGUCUUUAAAACAAAUAAAGAAAUAAAUUGAUUAAUUUCUCGUUUUUCAUCGAACAGAAAAGAAAAGAUCUCAUUUGUUCCGCCAUCAACAUUCUCCACAACUGUGCCAAGGCUUCAGAAAAUCGCCAGAUUCUCUGUGAACUGCGAGCACUAGAGAGAAUUGCACCAUUCCUUAAGGCAGAUGAUAUGGGAGUCGUUGUAGUGGCCACAUUGACGCUUUCAUAUAUAGCUUCUGAUGAACAGAAGAAGCUAUUAGAAGCCGAAAGUAGGGUAUGUCCUUUUAUUUCCCUAACAAUAGAACACGAAAUAUUGCAGUGUAAUGUAAAAAUGCUGUAAAAUUUGUAAAUGGUCAUUCUUUUUUUCUGAUUUCCGGUCCAUAUCACAGCAAGAACAAAGAAUAUUAAGAGAAAUCAGUAGUAUUCAUUAGAAACAGUCGCCUACGUUCUUGCUUGUUAUAUGGAAAUUGCUGGCGAAAAUGCUUACAAUUAAAUGUUAUGUAAUAAGAAACGCCUCUGUUUGUUAUUUCAGGUAUUAAGCUAUAUUCUUGGUAUGUUGCGCAAUGCCUUAGAUCAGCCAGACCUGCGCGGUAGAUCGGAAGGUUCGAGUUGGUCAGCUCAGGAAAUUGCUGUUGGUCUGGGUAAUUUGCUUUUCAAUGAAAGGAACCUGGAGACUAUGCUGGACCGAGACGUCGUUGCACUGCUAGUUUCGAUUAUUGGUAAAGGCGGAAUCAUUGAAAAGGAAUGUGCUGCAAACUCAUUGUGGAUCAUUGCAAAGAAUUCCAAAGGGAAAGCCAAAAUAAAAGAAAGCGCGAGCGCAAUGGAAGAGCUAUCGCGCACAAGCAAAAGUGCGAACCAAGCUGUCCAGGAGGCUGCCAAAAGAGUUCUUUUGGAGCUCAGAGAAACUGCCUACAGACAAGGUUACCCAAACAUAACAAUUAAGCUAAGUAUGGUUGAUCUGAUUUUUGAUCAUCAUCAUCAUCAUCAUCUAUGCCCGAGAUUCUUGAACAAAUAAUCUCCGCAUUACACUAUGGCCCAUAACACGCAGUGUUGAAUUUCUGAAUAAGUUUCAUUUCUAAAUUUUCCGCUUGCCUUCCGUGGUACAGUUGAAUUAUCUAAUGCUAAUUUGAGGAAAACUUAUAUAUUUAAAGUUAAUUGCAAAAUUUUUAUGUGCUCAUCUCUCUCUCAAUUACAUUACUGCUGCAUUUAUUUCAUUUCAAUUUUGUGUAAACAUUUUGUUGUAGAUCAGAUUGCUCGAUUUGAAAUAUUAAAGUACUUUUCACUUAUUGAAAAUGGCGGGUGUCAAAGUAACAAAUGCCGCUUCAGUUUAUAUUCCAAAAAUAUCAUGACACCUACGUGGCGACUGUCCUUUUCCCCCUCUUAGGUUCCGGAAAACUAAUCUUAAUGUAGUGUCGUGUCAACUUGUGCUUUAAUACUCUAUGUCAAAAUAGUGACUUUUGUUUCCAGUUGAUCCGCACUUGCAACGACGUACUCACUGUGACUACCAGGAAAAAUGCCGGAGAUUUAAGUCGUCACUUAAACUAUCAGGUAAUUAUCUUCUGCUCCCGAGAUCAAGGAACUAGUUGCAUUAAUUCGUCAAGUAAGUCAUUGGCUUUGUUUAAAAUUUUUUCUAUAAAGAACUGGAAUUUAAGUUCAGUGAAUGAACUGGGACCGAAACAAAGUUAUCGUGAUUGUAAUGCAAUUUAGUUGAAGGAUAAAUCUCAUGAUUUUUUUUUUUAUGCAAUACGGAUUGUCCCUUUUCCUAGAUGUUUUCUUCGACCCUAAAUACGACAGAUGCUUUUGUACGGAAUGCCACGCAGCUCGGGGUGACAAGCUGUAUUACACUCGAGGAGAGCCUGCAAAGGACUAUGGGAUUCCCAUAGGAUGGUGUCGGUUUGGGCUUAAGUGAGUUUUAACGAUAUAAAAUUGAAAAUGAUUUACUUUUAAUUCGUCUUUUAUAUACAUUCCAAGCGGAAAAAAAAAUAUAAUGUAAAUGGUACAAAUUCCAAGAGGGAUAGCAAUAGCCAGCGGUCCCAUUGCAAGAUUUAUAACGUAACUGCCUGUCUUGACGUGCGGAGCCAAACUUGCCUAUGACUUUGUUGUUUCCAGAGUUUCUUUCUCCCAUAUUCUAAGAGGUGAAAGCUCUGGGAACGCAGUUGUCUAAAAAUAUUGACAUCCCGAUCGGUCUACUUGUAACAUUUGCUACAAAGAAAGCUAAGCACUAUAAUAACCGUUGUAAUAAAAUAUUGCUUUUUUAACAUUUUGUUAAUGCUGUUACUUUGCCUGCCAUAGUGAAUUAGUACCUUUAUACCCAACCUGAUCGAUAUUUCUGAUUAAAUAUACCAUUUUAUUUGUACUAACUUGUAUUAAAACAACUAAUUUGUUUUAUAUUCUGUGUUAGGGUCCACCAUCGAGCUCUUGCCUUGGAUGUAUUUAACAAGUGGCACGUCGCAUUUCAUGGCACAAGAGUAGAUAGCGUUAACGCCAUUUUGGAAUGUGGCGACCUUCUCAUACCAGGUAUUUUUUUUAUUAUUUUUUUGCCCAAGGAAAAGUUUUUCGGGUCAUAUUUGUCCAUAAUCUAGUGGUUAUUUAUAUUAUCCUAUUUCGGACUCCGAUGUAGUCUAUUGACCGGGAAUCAUUCUGAGCAGUAAGGAACCGACCCAUUGAUUAACGGGUGGUUUUGGUGGUGGGAGGGGUUUAUAAAAGGUAAUAGCCUAUUUACAGAGAUCACGAGUUUAACAUACAGUGCUAUAUUCUUGCCAUGGAUUAUAUACGAUGUUCUUUAAUUCUAGGCAGUUUUUUUAUAUAGGGUUCUGUAGAGAGGAGAAGUUGUUACGUCACGUUGCCAUGGUAGCAAAUUUGUUGAUGACAACAAACCGACAAAGUCACUCUUUUCGCACUCAGUCUAUUUGUAGUACUUCAAACUUCACCGAUCUUAUUUAACUUCAUUUAAUUUGGCAAAUCUUUGCGGAACCUUCUUUGGGACCGUAUCUAUCGCUAUCUAAGUUUAGAAAAAGAAAGCGACAAUUUUUGUGCUGUAUUCGCCUACUCCAUAAAGCGGACUCGUGAAAUUAGUUUCAUGUCGCAGUCAGGUGCAACGACGGCAAAGAAAUGUAAAAAUGCAAAGUUGUUGUUUGUUAAUAUAAACAUAUUAUUUUUUGCCGUUCUCCUUGCCGUCGCCGUCGUUGGUUUUUGUUGUCAUCCAAAAAUAGUGCUACCAUGGUAACGUGACGUCACACUUCUCCCCUCUAUUCACAGCUGCUAAUAAUGAUCCGUCUUUUGAUUGCGUUUUUUCUUGUACUGUGCAGGUGAUGUAGCUCUUGGGGGAAGAAAACUAAGCGAGGAGGAGGGACAUUUCAACGACAACAGAAAACCCUCAGGGUUUGACACAAAGCAGAUCUUUGUAUCACCGAGUGUUCGAUACUCAGGACACAACUGCUACGCGAAACCCAAAAGGCAACUUGAAACGCUUCAUGUACCUUCCUUAGCCUACGUUCACAAGGCAACUGGACGAAUUUUUGACUGGCUGAAGAAUUUACUGCCACACUUCUUUCGCACGGAACCGCUCAUUAUUUUUGCUCCGAAAAAUUUAAAAAUUUUAAGUCAAGCGAUAUUUUUCAUAUAAUUAGAAACGUCAUUUAAAGGAACUUUAAUUGAUGAUGUUUGCAAAAUAAGAUGAGCCGACGAAGGAACUCGUCGCACUAGAAAUUGCUUCCUUUUGACAGUUUUUUUUUUGGCAUAAGAAACAAAAUUUUGCGUAGUGCGGCCCACGGCCUUCUGGUGGUCACUCCUCGCCUGUCAAAUUUUGGACCGUACCAUAUAAAAUUUGACCUCGAGUUUAACGUUCAAAUUUUUGAACGGCCAUUCAUCUAAAUCUCUGUACAGUUAAGGUGGUUUCGUGUGAACGAAACUCCUUAAAGUUCAAAUUUUCAACCUUUUAAAAACUCUUCCAGUGCCUUGAACGUGGCCAAGGUUUUACAUCUGUGUUAUAUAUGGUAACGGGAUUGAAUUUUCCUAAGUAAUGUGCUAUUGCUUUUAUUAGGGAAUACCCGAGGAAGGCGACGAAAGCGAAAGCGUCGCUGAAAAAGUAAAUUUGCGUUCUUUCAAUCUUCAUUUCGAUUACCCCAAGUCACUGACUCUUAAUUGUCAAAUGUAGGUAAACCCUACUAAAGUUGAAUUCCAAAGAAGAAUUAGAACCAUAUCCAAGUUCAAAAAGAGAGAGAGAAAUUUCGUCGUCACUUGUUUACUUCCUUUGUACAACGUGAAGCUGGGCAUUUUGACGUCGUAGUCGUGCAGUGACGGCAGAGAAAUGUACAAAACAACGUGAUGCACGUGCAAAAUUGUUGUUUUGGUUACUAAAGCCAUUGCUAAAUCUGAACCUUAAUGCGCCACUGCUACGCCAAUCCUUGAAGUAGGAGUAUACUAGCUUAGGUUUGUCACAAUUUAAUUGGGAAAGAUUCCUUUCUAUAAUACCCGUUUUGCAAAGGAUAUCCCAAGAAGAAGACCCCCAACGUUUCUUAACCCUUGGAAGUAGAAUCGUUAAAUCUUGAUCAUUAAUUAAAGUAGCAACUGGUCUUGAUGUCAAACUAAUACACUAUAAAAACAAUUUGGAGUCGAGUAUGACUCAAAUCAAAUAUACCACGUCCCUUGAUGUAGUAACAUGCUUUUUGUAUUGUUCUUGUAAUUCUGUAGUUUUGAGGACCCUCUGACGAGAAAGAAGUUGAACACCAAAACCGUUCUUCAACUGUGUAUCAACCCUGAUAGCUAUCAGGUUGGACCACAGACGAUUGCUGCUACCUCUGAGAUUGACCCUAAGUUUAGCAACCAGGAGAUUGAGUGGUCUACCAAGCAACGUGGAUCCAUCAUUCUGUAUGGACUUCUGGUUAAACUCGAUGAAACUAAUUGA